CAUCCCCGAUUCCACGUACAGAAAUAAGUUAUCUUGUUCCCGAACAAUAUGAAGAAGUAACAAUGCGCGUCUUUUCACGCGAGUCCAAUAAGGUAGUAAUUCUCACAUAUUCUUUGUCGCCACGAAUGACUAUUAAUCAAUCAUCUUUUAUCGUAAAUAAGGAAAAAAUCAGGGUAAUUCAAAAUUAUUUUGAGGAAUUUUGCGAACUUUUCAAAAUUAAACCCAACUGGGGAUAG